UUCUCGCUCGUGGUUUGUGGUGAACGCCGUCAUAGGUAUGGAUCCAUCGCUGGCAUCAACCUCGACUGCGAUACCUCCAACAACUAGUACAACACAAUCGAAUGCGAGCAUUGCACGCGUCGUUGAAGAUGCCGCAUCGGCUGAAGACAAGGCAGCGCAACGAAGGGCCCGUGAUGCUGCGCGUAAGCUGGCCGCCGGAUCCGAAGCUAAGGCCCGUGCUGCCGAGCGCAGGCGGGCGAAGCGGGCUGCGGAUCCCGAACUCCGCGCUCGAGAGGCCGAUGAGAGACGUAAGCGGCGCAUUGCCUGUGGUGAUGACGGCCGGCGGCGAGACGCCGAACGAAAGCGUGCGAAGCCAGCCGAGCACCCCGAAGCCGAUCUGGCGCGGGGACGCGCGAUGCGUGAGCGAGCGCGGGCCCUCGAAUUCGAUCGGCCGGACGCGCGCUUCAAGCGAGACUUCCUGGACCGCAGCUUCGGAUAUAGCUGCGCGGUGUGCGAUCGACUGUGGUUCGACGACAACCUGAGCCCCAUCUCGGGCGUGCGCAACGCCGCCAACAAGUUGAACGCGUUGCGGGUUCUUUGGAACGAGUUCGGAAGACAGUCGGGCGAGCACCGAUGCGACGACAUUGAUGCGCAAGACCCGCGGCUGGCUCCCUUCGGUGCGUUCCGGGUGUGUGCCUUGUGCCGCGAGUCCCUGCUGGCCGGACGGGUCCCGCCGUUGAUGGCUGCCAGAGGAGUACUGCUGAGGAGGUGCCCCUGUGGUCAAGUGGUCAACACGAAUGAUGCAAGCCAGUCAAGGGGUUGGAAAGUGCAGAGGGACGUGUCUAUCCAGUGCGGCCUACAACAGAUGGCCCCUCUGCCGAUGGAAAUCUCUCCAUCAGCGGAAACUGUGGAGAGCACAGGGACAGGAAAAAGUUGCAACCAGGCUGGAAGUCUGAGCCGAGUGCCCUCUCUGUUUGAGAAUGGAAUAGAACAUGGCACAGGCACCGCAGUGGGAUGUGAUCGGCUGUUUCAGUGCCAUCUCUGCCAGUACUCCACACCCAAGCCUCAAAAUCUAAAACAACACUUGGUAUCACACAGCACUGAGAAACCUUUCCAGUGCGAGGUCUGUCCAGCGGCAUUCAAGAGCUUGGACUCCUAUAAAGCCCACAUGUGCAAGCACACGGGAGAAAUGCCAUACCAGUGCCAUCUUUGCCCGUAUACAACUUUCUACAACAAACGCCUGUUGGAUCACAAGAGAUCUCACUUGAACACCAUGCCUUUUGCCUGCACCAUGUGCACAUAUAGAACUAAGCGCAAGGCAAACCUCCAUAUGCACAAGCUCAACCACACAGGCAAUAAGCCUUUCAAGUGCAAAGUCUGCUCUUUUGGUUACAUUCGAAAGCAGUCCUUAAAAACCCACAUGCAGCAACACUUGGAAUCAUCAUAGCUGUGCCAGUGAUUGUGGGCGUUCAUCGAAGCACCGUCUACCAUCACGCACCUCGAAAGAUGAACAGAUGCCAGGGACACAAGUUGAACAAAAGGAGAUAGCUCUGUUGAUGCCUAUUACUGUUCAUCUGAAUCUCUGCAUUCAUUGGGUCUGUUAUGCAUCACUAAUGGGCUGAACGUUUCAGACUGAGGGACCUUCCUAGGACAUUUAAUAAACAAGACAGUCAUCUGCAUCACACAUUUGAACGCUCAUAUAACAAAAGAUGGUGAACUUUGUUGCACUCUAGUGUGUUCUUCAGUUGCGCAAAUGAUGUUGCACAUACCCAAAUCAUUUCCAUUCCUAUGUAUCUUGCAAACUUGUGUUCAUGAGGAUGCUAUCACAAGCAAUAUUGGAAGUAACGCCAAUCG